AUGGAGCCCGGGCCUCCCCACCUGCGGCUCCCUGGGGCUCCGACCUCCCCCCCUGCGACUCUCCUGGGCCCCAACCUCCCCACCUGCAGCUUCCCUGGGCGCGGGCCUCCCCACCUGCGGCUACCCUGGGCUCCGACCUCCCCACCUGCGACUCUCCUGGGCUCCGACCUCCCCACCUGCGGCUCCCGGGGCUCCGACCUCCCCACCUGCGGCUCCCGGGGCCCGAAGAGCGGUGGCGGCCGCGCCAGGCCCCGAGAAGCGAACCGGAGGGAAAUGCAGGUGUGCCCCCGCGGUCUGACGCAUUUCAGGGGCGAGUACCAGAGAUCCCGGCCUUUCCCGGAGUCCGGGCGCUCCCGGGGCGCUGGCCACGUGCGGGCAGCAGGUGUCCGCGCGUCACACGGCGGCGCGCUGGCUGUGCCUGCUCACGUAGCACCUGCUGCGGUGAGAGGGACCCGAAAACGCCUGUCCGGGGUCCGGCGCAUAGCCGAGGGGCCAUCGGGGCGGGGGCCUGAGACGCUUCUAGUGCUCUCAGGCCUCCUGCUCGGCGCUUUCCGCGGGGGCCGGGGGAAGCGGGCACCUGCCGGCACCGUCCUGUGGAGCGCGCACCGUCGGCUGCGGACCUGCGGGGCGCGCACCUGCGGGUACUGGCCUUCGGGGCGGGCACCUGCUAGCACGGGACCCGUGGGGCGCGCACCUGCCGGCACCGGCCUGCAGAGCGUGCGGCCCCGAGCAGCUCGCAGAGCGCAGGAAGCUCUGGUGCCCUCCCGCCUCUUGCCGGCGCUCUGGAAGCGCGCCGGGUCGCGCAGGUGCGCCUCUGGGGCGGGUUUCCCGGCGGCUGCGGUACGGCUCGCCAAGCCGGCGCCGCCGCGUCACCGGGAGAGGCGCACGCUGCCGGGCAAAGCCUGCAAAACCGUCCGUCCCGCCGGUCUGUUCAGAACCGCCGGUCGGAGCGCCCAGCAAGCCCCGGGCAGCCUCUGCACCGCGAAGCGCCCCCCCGCGGAAGAUCGCGGAGCCGGGGCUCCCGCGCGCUCGCCUCCGGGGCGCAGCGGUCCGCCGCCACGACCACCGAGAGCUCGCACCGCCCGCAGUCCUAGAGCGGACCGGAAGUGCGCGCCGGGCCGGCGGGGAGGCGCGUUUCGCGGCGGGAGCGCGGGGCAGUCCCGCCGGCCGGGACGGCGGCCCUCGGAGGUGCGGGCUGCGGCCGCGGGGAGGCGGCGUGUGCGCGGCGACAGCCGGCUCCGUUCGCCGCGCGCCGCCCGCAGCCCCGGCCCGUCCCUGCCCCCGGCCGGCUCGGCUCCUGCGCGCGGGGCCACGGCGGCCUCGGCUUUGCGCCUCGCGGGUAGCGGGCGGCGCGGCGAGCGGCCCUGCGACCCCUUAGCGGCUGAGAGCCCGCCGCUUCCGGGGCGGGCCGGGACCGCUUCCCUGCGGACGGAGCCGCUCGGGUGGCCGCCCCGUGGGGCCACGGAAGCCGGUCCCCUCUCUGCGCGUCUGUCUUCUGUGUUUGACGGGGUUCCUCCGUGCAGAACUUCCCUGAGGAGCGGGCGGGACGCCCCGCACCUGCCCCGACCUCAGGUGGCGUCCAGCAUGGCCGCGGCCUGCGCGCGCGUCCCAGCCUCGGCUAGCCCAGCGUCAGAGGCGCACGGGGACAUCAUCCAAGUGAAGGUUAAGGAAGAAGACCAUGUGUGGGAUCAGGAAUCCUGCCUGCAGGAGACUUGGUGUCACACCAGGGAACUCUGUCGCCAGCGCUUCAGACACUUCUGUUACCAGGAGACGCCUGGACCCCGCGAGGCGCUGCGCCGGCUCCGCGAGCUGUGCCGCCAGUGGCUGAGCCCAGAAACGCACAGCAAGGAGCAGAUCCUGGAGCUGCUGGUGCUGGAGCAGUUCCUGACCAUCCUGCCCGAGGAGCUCCAGGCCUGGGUGCGGGAGCACCAUCCGGAGAGCGGGGAGGAGGUGGUGACCGUGCUGGAGGAUCUGGAGCGGGAGCUGGACGAGCCUAGACAGCAGGUCCCACAGGACACAAAUGGGCCUGAAACUCCUAUGGAGGAAAUGAGUCCCCUGGAUGCAGCACAGGAGUGCCUGGGUACCCAGCUCCCAUCUAUGGAAGACAGAAUGGAAUGUACAUCUCCAGAGCCACGCCCACUGCAAGAUAAUGAUGGCAAAACAAGCUUCACUGGACUUGUUUGUCAAGAAAAAACAUAGCCUUUCUGAAUCUGGGGGCAGGAGUAGAAGAAACGGUAAAGGUGGAAGUCAGCCUGAGGAAGUGAAAGGCAGAAGAGUUCACACAGGUUUCACCCGGAAAUAUGACCCCUCGUACAUUGAGUUUG